AUGGGGCUGGGGAACCACACGAUGGUGACUCAUUUCAUCCUCCUCGGGAUCCCCAACACCGACGGCCUCCAGACCAUCCUCUUCUUUACCUUCUUAGCCUUCUACCUCUGCACCCUGCUGGGCAACAUGCUCAUCCUCUCAGCCGUCCUCGGUGACCCCCGCCUGCACACCCCCAUGUACUUCUUCCUCUGCAACCUCGCCGUGCUGGACAUUGGGUUUUCCUCCAUCUGCAUUCCCAAAUUGCUGGCCAAUCUCUGGGUUCAGAACAACAUCAUCUCACUGGGCGGGUGCAUGGCCCAGCUCUUCUUCUUCCACUUCUUGGGCAGCACCGAGAGCCUGCUCUACACGGUCAUGGCCUACGACCGGUACGUGGCCAUCUGCCACCCACUGCGCUACCUGCUCAUCAUGAACCGCAGGGUGUGCGCCCUCCUGGCUGCUGGCACCUGGAUCACUAGCUCCUUCCACGCCACCAUCCUCGCCAGCCUGACCUUCACGCUGCCCUACUGCGGGUCCAAUGAGGUGGACCAUUUCUUCUGUGAUCUCUUCCCUGUGGCCAAGCUGGCCUGUGCAGACACGUACGUCCUUAAGACCGUGACCUUCACCAACACUGGGAUGGUGUCCAUGACCUGUUUCCUCCUCAUCCUCAUGUCCUACAUCUUCAUUGUCUACUCUGUCAUGAAGUUGAACGCAGGCGAAGGGCGGCGCAAAGCAGCCUCCACUUGCGCCUCCCAUCUGGUGAUGGUGAUGCUGUUCUUUGGGCCCUGUGCCCUGAUCUACACCCAGCCCCAGCUGAACAUGGUGACGGCUGUGGAGCUCUUUGGCUAUGUGGUGACGCCCAUGCUGAACCCGGUCAUCUACACGCUGCGCAACAAGGAGGUGAAAGCGGCGCUGGGAAAACUGAGGGGCCAGAUGACAGCUUGUUGA